AAAUUAUGAGCAUCGGUGAUCACCUCUCUUCCCCAAGAUAAUCGCGGGCGCUGGGUCGCAGGCGCUCCUAAUAUUUGGCAACCGUCCAACGCCGACCAACACCACAACCCCAUUUCUUUGUCCAUCCCCGUCCACCGUCCCGGUGCCCCGCCGCUCUUCCAUUUCUUCAACUCAUUUGCACCCUUCCACACCCGUCGCUCGCUACCUAAAUUUUUUUCCCCUUAUAUCGAUUGCCCUCAAUUGCAAUUGGGACGCGGACCACGACGUCAUCGGCUACUCCGUACUAGGUCUUCUCGGACGGCUAUCUCACGAAGAUAUUGGGACCUGACGGCCAUCACCUUGUGUGACCGCUGGUCGGAUAUCACGAACAAGCCAUCAUGAGCACGCCAAAUCAUGAGCGGCCCGAGCCCACGUACGCGAUGCACAACAACAUGCAUACGGCGACACACCAGAGGUCUUCGGACGACGAUGGCACAUAUGUUGGGGAAGAUUCAAGCCAGCAGGACUCUUAUGCGGGGCCUGGACCUGGCCUAGGAAUUGGACAAGGCAGACCUCGGGCAGGAAGCCACUUGACGGUCGACACGGUCCAUCUCGGCGCACCAGGGUCCCUCCAAUCGCCCUCGCAGACGCGAGAGCAGGCAAGCAGGCUCGACGACGAUCUCGCUAUGCUUCAGGUGGAACGGGCCAUCUCGAAUCAGGAGGAGCUGAAUAGGGAGCAAUCGCAGUCGCGGUCCGUUCGUCGAGAGAGGACACGUAGGCAGGACCCCGUCGACGAGUUCGAUCAAGCUACAAACCCAUUGCACGAGAAGACGGCCCUCUACAAGCCGCCCGAGAACCCCUCCACGAGCCUCUCCAAGUUCUUCAAGAAGGUCCACAAUUCGAGCUUCCUCGUCCGAUAUUUCACCUACAUUACGCCGCUGGUUCUCAUCAUUCUCAUUCCGCUGCUCCUUGGUGCCUUCUUGUUCCAGAACGCUACCGUUGGAGGCGUUAAGCUCAUCUGGUUCUGCAUCUGGCUUGAGAUUGUCUGGCUGACCCUCUGGGCUGGUCGACUGUUGGCCAAGUGCUUGCCAUGGCCUAUUGGUGUCGUGUCUAGCCUCUUCACUAAUAAUAGCAAGAAGUGGAGGGAUAUGGGAAAGCAGCUUGAGCUUCCCGCCACUCUGUUCUUCUGGUGGCUCGCUAUCGAGAUCUCCUUCCUCCCCACCAUGAAGAAUCACCACCUCAAUGGAGACAAAUCCACCAGGCAUUGGGAGUCUGUCAUGAACAAAGUUCUCAUAACUCUGUUCGUGGGGGUGGUCCUCAACUUCGUGGAGAAAAUCAUUAUCCAGCUCAUUGCCAUCAGCUUUCACCUUCGGACGUAUGCCGACCGGAUCGAGCUGAACAAAUUCCAGAUUGGCAGUCUGGCCAAGCUGUACAAAUUCUCAAAGGAGAAGAUCACUAUGGAGGAUUCUGAAUUCGAAUCGAAGAGCGGCCCGGCAUCCGGUGCCCGCACGCCCGGUCAGUUCGUCAAGGAAGCCCAGAAGAAUACAAAGGAAGCUUUCAGUAAAUUCGGAGAUAUCGCGGGAAAGGUUGCUGGAGACUUCACGGGUCGUCAGGUUACUCAAAGCUCUCAUCCUCACCAGGUCGUCCUCGCUCUCCUCGGCAGCACCAACGGAAGCCAGGUGCUUGCGCGCCGAUUGUAUCGGACCUUUGCUCGGGAAGAGACGGAGACUGUCCAUUCGGAGGAUCUUAAGAAUGCCUUCGACAACGAUUCCGAAGCCGAAGCUGCGUUCUCAAUGUUUGACAAAGACAUGAACGGGGACAUUUCCAUGGAAGAGUUGGAGGCUGUGUGCGUGGAGAUUGGCCGAGAGCGAAAGUCCAUUACCGCCUCUUUGAAGGACUUGGAUUCUGUGGUCAGCAAGCUCGAUGAUGUCUUCAUGUUCAUCGUUUUGGUUAUCACCAUACUCGUCUUCAUCUCACUCAUCUCUACUUCAGCCGCUGGCGUUCUUACAUCUGCCGGAUCCACGGUCCUAGCCUUGUCCUGGCUCUUCUCGGCUACUGCUCAAGAGUUCUUACAGUCCGUCAUUUUCGUGUUCGUAAAGCAUCCUUUCGAUGUGGGCGAUCGCGUUGGUGUCUAUGGUAAUACUGGCGCUCUCGGACUCGGUGACGACUAUUUCGUAAAAGAAAUCGCCUUGCUCUACACCGAAUUCAAGAAGAUGGAAGGCCAUGUCGUGCAGGCACCGAACAGCUACCUGAACACUCUUUUCAUCCUCAAUCAGCGACGUUCCGGAGCGCUUGCGGAAGCCGUGCCUGUCAUCAUCAAAUUUGGCACUACCCUUGACCAAAUUGACCAACUUCGCCAACGUCUGCUGGAGUUCGUCAGAGCAGAGAAGCGAGAGUAUCAAACCAACAUCCUCACCGAGCUGAGGGAAGUGAAGGAGGUGCACUCUCUUACGCUGAACGUCGUUUUCUUCUACAAAUCCAAUUGGCAGAACGAACUUCUUCGUCUUCAGCGCCGGAACAAAUUCAUCUGCGCUCUUAUGAUCGCUAUGCAGGAAUCCGGCAUCGAAGGACCGCGGAUGCGCUUCCCUGGUCAGAAGGAAUCAUUCCCCGUUUACCUCCAGAAUCUUCCCCACACUGCUACGCCUGGCGUGGGCCACAAUGGAACGCCGGACAACCCGGGAGGCAUGCUCCACCAGCAGCCUCAGGAUGAGCCUCUUGUGCCUCCGCCAUCAGAUGGUGCCACUGGUAGCGUGCCGGCCCAACGUCAUGCCUCGAUACUCCGCGCUGGUGGGCGAGGCCGCGGCGAGUCCAUGGCGGCCAUGGGCCGUCGCGUUGACUUCUCCUUGGGCAUGAGGGAUUACUCCGCUGGUGACAUGCCUGGCGAUGUCUUUGACGACCGAGAAUCUCAGGACCGAAGCAGAGCCACUGUCGUAAGAGUCACUUCACCCUCUCGGCACUCACAGGACCGUGCUCGCGCGUCUCAAGAUACCGGUCGGUCCACUUCGGUCGCCGACAGGCCUAGUCGUCAGUUUGGCCGCCUUCAGCGUACCAACACGGACAGUACUCAAGCCCGCGAGCGCAGCAGUCACAAGAAUCGCUUCUUUGGCCGCAGCCGCCACCGGGAUGAGGAGACUGGUAUGGUAGGCAUUCCAGAGAGCGGCUACGACUCCUCCGAGAGCAAAGGCAAAUUAGAUCCUCGCUCUGGCCUCGUUAGUCCAAGGGCAAUGAGGAUGAGCACGGAUGAAUCGCGGCCCCCGCAGUCUUCUGGUGCGCUGCCGAACACUGCAGACACGGAUCGGACUUUCAGCGCACCGCACCGAGCCCAGACUGACACCUUGGAGAUGAGGCGUCUUCACUGAUUAGACUGAAGUCAAAAGUUUCCUUGUAUAUAUCUGUUUUUCUCAUGCGGCAUUUGAAGGCGCUUCGGGUAUCCGCCAGGGUGGUGGUGGAGGAGCUUGUGUCUAUUAGCGUUUGGUCUCAAACACUUGGGCUAUGAUUGUCGCCUCCGAAUGGCUUAAUAGCUUCAAACAAUUCUAGAAUUACUAGCCGAGUCAUUUCGACGGAAUGACAAAGGACUUUCCAC